CCAACUCCCCCCUUCCUCCUAUAAGCAGCCUUGGGCCUACCAAGGUGGUAAGCGAUGGCUCUACCUCUAUCAAAGCAGGUCUUGGGCUGCUUUAUCUUUUUCUCAAUUCUCCUAUCUUCUCUUUCAGCAUUCUCUUAUGCUUUGACAGACAUCGAAGCAUCAUUAAUUGCUCGUCGUCAACUUUUGACUCUCCAAGAAAAUGAUGAUUUUUUCCUUAAGUUUGGCUUUGAGUUUCACCAUGACUCCAGUUUUGCCAACGAAAGGCUGCAAAGAGCUUACAUUGCACUACAAGCAUUGAAGAAGUCUAUCUACUCUGAUCCUUUAAACACAACUCGUAAUUGGGUUGGUACCGAUGUGUGUUCUUAUACUGGCGUCUUUUGCGCUCCAGCCCUUGAUGACCCCAAAUUGGAGGUUGUUGGUGGCAUCGACCUUAAUCAUGCUGACAUUGCCGGAUACCUACCGCAUGAGUUAGGGCUCUUGACGGAUGUUGCACUCUUUCACAUUAACUCUAACAGGUUUUGUGGAAUUAUCCCCAAAACUAUGUCAAGGCUCAAACUUAUGUUUGAGUUUGAUGUAAGUAACAAUCGCUUCGUUGGCUCUUUCCCAACAGUUGUCCUCACAUGGCCAAGCCUUAAAUAUCUCGAUCUCAGGUUCAAUAAUUUUGAAGGGAAAUUACCUCCAGAAAUCUUUGAAAAGGAUCACGAUGCGAUUUUCUUAAACAACAACCGUUUCGAGUCCAACAUCCCCGACACAGUAGGUAAAUCUACAGCUUCUGUUGUGAGCUUUGCAAACAACAAGUUCACUGGUUGCAUUCCGCACACCAUUGGCAACAUGGCAAAUACAUUGAAUGAGAUUCUUUUCCUGGGCAAUAGCCUUGGCGGUUGCUUCCCCCCAGAAAUUGGAUCCCUAGGCAAUGUAACGGUGUUCUCAGCUAGCUCAAAUGGGUUCAUUGGGUUCUUGCCAAAGACCUUUUCAGGGCUACACAAGGUUGAGGAAUUGGACAUUUCACAUAACAAGCUAACGGGAUUUGUGCCCGAGAAUGUUUGCAAGUUGCCCAGCUUGUCCAACUUCACUUUUUCUUAUAACUACUUCAAUGGGGAGGCUCAAGACUGUGUUCCUUCUUCGAGAGUGCACAAGAUUUUGGAGGACAAGAGCAAUUGUUUUCCUAGUAGACCAAAGCAGAAAUCUAACAAGAUAUGUUUCAGAGAGGCGACUCGACCUGUGGAUUGUAGCAAGCAUUGUGGCGGCAGCUCCUCUUCAUAUCCACAACUGAGGCCACCGACUAAGAAAACACCACCACCUUCAACUCCAAAUCAACAACCCCAACCAUCUCCUUCUCCUUCACCUCCGGAGCAGCAACCUCAACCAUCUCCUCCAAUUGGGCAUCCUCCAUCAACACCAGAACAGCCAUCACCGCCUAAAUCUUCAAACCCAAGUCCUAACCCAUCUCCAAUACCGCCAGAACCAUAUGACCCAUUGCCUCCUAUGACCCCAACCCCUGAGUCAUCUCCAACACCACCAAAACCAUCUGACCCAUCACCGCCUAAAUCUCCUACCCCAUCUCCUGAGUCAUCUCCAAUACCACCAAAACCAUCUGAUCCAUCACCGCCUAAAUCUUCUACCCCAUCUCCUGAGUCAUCUCCAACACCACCAAAAUCAUCUGACUCAUCGCCACCUAAAUCUUCAACCCCAUCUCCUGAGUCAUCUCCAACACCACCAAAAUCAUCUGAACCAUCGCCACCUAAAUCUUCAACCCCAACUCCGGAGUCAUCUCCAACACCACCAAAAUCAUUUGAACCAUCACCACCUAAAUCUUCGAUCCCAUCUCCUGAGUUAUCUCCACCAUCGCCAGCACCUAGUCCAGAUGAUCCAUCUGGUAAUUCACCUUUUAAUAACUUUCGUUCACCUCCCCCACCCGUUCAAUCUCCACCACCAUCCCCUGUAUACUCCCCACCACCACCAGUUCACUCUCCCCCACCACCAGUUCAUUCACCACCACCACCCGUGUACUCCCCUCCCCCACCACCACCAGUUCACUCUCCACCACCACCACUAGUUCAUUCACCACCACCACCUGUGUACUCCCCUCCCCCACCACCACCAGUUCACUCUCCACCACCACCAGUUCAUUCACCACCACCACCCGUGUACUCCCCUCCCCCACCACCACCAAUUCAUUCACCACCACCACCCGUGUACUCCCCUCCCCCACCACCACCAGUUCACUCUCCACCACCUCCAGUAUACUCCCCACCACCUCCAGUCCACUCUCCUCCACCUCCAAUCCACUCUCCACCACCUCCAGUAUACUCCCCACCACCUCCUAUGUACUCUCCACCACCUCCAGUGCACUCUCCUCCACCUCCAAUCCACUCUCCUCCACCACCAGUCCAUUCACCUCCUCCACCACCCAUGUACUCACCUCCCCCACCACCAAUUCACUCUCCGCCACCCCCAAUAUACUCCCCACCACCUCCAGUUCGUUCUCCUCCACCACCAGUCCACUCUCCCCCACCUCCACCAGUCCACUCUCCUCCACCACCACCACCACCAACAGACUCUCAUCCACCCCCAGUACACUCCCCAACGCCACGAACUGCUUCUCCUCCUCCUGCUCAUGUAUCUUCUCCACCACCACCAACAGACUCUCAUCCACCCCCGGUACACUCCCCAACGCCACAAACUGCUCCUCCUCCUCCUGCUCAUGUAUCUUCUCCACCACCACCAACACCGGACAUUGUCCUCCCACCACAUUUCGGGUUCCAAUACUCAUCACCCCCUCCACCUUUAUUCCCUGGAUAUUGAAUAGCAUAUUAUCAUAAUUAACAUCUUUGCCUUGUUUUUCAAUUUCCUUUAUAGUUUCAGAUUGUUAUGUACACACUCGUGUGUAAGAUGAGGUCAAGCUUUUUAUCACUUAAUAGUAUUUUGAGCUUCCGCUA